UACCGUGUUACGAUAUAUUUCUCUUGUUCUCCGAGUCAGUAGACACCACUACACAAUGCAGAGCCAGAGAGAGCUAAGCUGAGUGAGUGAGGCGCAUCAAGUACAAAAAAGGUUAGUCUUAGAUACUACUACUACUUGGUUCAAGCUUUUCUCCAUACAAUUGCAAUGCUUCGUUUAAUUUGCAAAAGACUAUCGCUUGUAAAGGCCAGUGCUUCACCCUUUAGCCAUGGCUUCUCUUUAUCCAAUUCUUUUAUCAGACCCAUGUCAGAAUUGUCUAGUUCCAUUGAUCGACAAAGUUUUACGGUUUCUUACCUCCAAAAUUCAUGUGGGUUUUCCCAGAAUUCUGCCAUUGCAGCAUCUAAGAAGCUCUUAUUUGAAAACUCUGAACAACCCGAUUCAGUAUUGGAGCUACUAAGAACUCAAGGGUUAACACAGUCCCAAAUUGAAAAGAUUAUAUUCACUCGUCCUCAGUUGCUUGAGGCUAAUUUAGAAGAUACACUUAGGCCUAAAAUGGAGUUUCUUGAGUCCUUGGGGUUUUCUGGUGCUAGCAUGGUAAAUUUGGUGACUAAAGACCCUCGUGUGCUUGAUUGUGAUUUAGUUGACUCAGUUCAGUUGUUUAGAGCUCAUGGUUUUAGUGAUGAGCAAAUCAAGGCGCUGACCAUGAAGCGUGCUUCAUUGCAUUUCUACAAUGUAAAAAAGACUGUUAAGCCAAAACUUGAGUUUUUUAAAUUUAUGGGGUUUACAGAUGAGGAUAUUGCCAGAAUUGUUUCUUCUGAGCCUUACAUUUUAGAAAGGAGCCUGGAAAAUCAAAUUAUUCCUUGUAUUGAAGUACUUAAGCGGGUUCUUGGCACAGAUGAGAAUGUUCGAAAGGUUAUAAAAGCUUGCUACUGGAUACUUGAAUACAAUUUGGAAAAGAUGCUUGUGCCGAACAUAUCAUUGCUGAAGAGCCAUGGUGUUCCUGAGAAUCUAAUCGUGAAAUUGUUCUUAACCCACCCAAGAACACUGCUUUUAAGGUCUCAGAAGUUUACUGAGAUUCUUGCUGAAGUUGUGCAGUUAGGUUUUAAUCCCAAUACUUUGCUCUUUGUUCUGGCCAUUCGUUCCAUGGCUGUGAUGAGUAAGGCGCUGUGGGAGCAAAAAGUGGAAACUUACAAAAGUUUUGGCUUGACUAAAGAUCAGGUGUAUUUAGCAUUCAAAUUGCAACCAAUGUGUAUGCUUACCUCAGAGAAGAAGAUCAAGAAAGUGAUGCAUUUCCUCAUUAACAAGCUGAAUAUGGAAGCUUCUAUGAUUUGCAGGAAUCCAAAUCUUUUAAUGCUUAGUUUAGAGAAGAGACUUAUUCCUCGGAGUUCAGUUCUGCAACUUUUGAUAGCAUCUGGUUUUUUGAAGGAAGAUAUCAACAUUAUCUAUUAUCUCAGAAUGACUGAACAAAAAUUUGUGGAGAAGCUGGUGAGGAAGUAUAAGCAAGUGCUUCCUAACAUUGUUCUGGCACACGAAGGCAAGAUUGAAUUUCUAGGCUUUCCAGUUAUCUUAAAGUCAUAACUACUGUAAAGAUGAAGGUAGAGUAUCAGCCAAGGAUACCAGGAGCUAAGAUUGAGUUCAUUGUCUAGCCUCUGCAGGCUGCUCAUCUCAUUUUUAGGUGGAUAAGUGCAAGUUAACAAGAGAGUUUUUCUAGGAGAUAACAAUUGUAUCACUAAGGUGAGACUUUUACAGAGUGGUUGUUUCUUAUAGACUUCUUUGUGCGGUGGUAUAGUGGUUAGUCUUGUUAGAAGUGAGUUCUGUUCUGGUGACCAUGUUCAAGAUUUUAAAUUUUGAUUGUUCAUCAUUCUUGCCAUCAAAAAGCCUUUCAUCUCUAUUUUGGGCUGCUUUUUGUGACUGGGGAUCUCUUUUGUUUCUCCUCCCAUGUAGAUCAAAUCCAACUAUUUCUUGUUUUUUCCUUAA